AUGUCUUCGGCCAAGAAUGAGUUACUUGAACUCCAAUCUAUGCUCAUUCUCGAGCUUGAAAGGCUGCAUAGCAAUUUUACAAAAGAUCCUAAGAUAAGAAAAACUGAAGAUUACAUUAAGAAGAGAUUAGAGACGUUAGAUGGAGUUUGGGAAAAAUUUAAAGACAACAACACAAUAUUGGAAACAGAAAAAGAUAGGACUCAUGAAUAUUUCACAAAGGAUGUGUUUGCGGCAUAUCAAGAUUAUUAUAAAAGGACUCGUGAUAUGAUAAUGGAAUAUGGGAAACCGAACGGAAGAAACAAGCAAGACGAAAAAAUUCAAGUAGACCUGGAAAAAGUUCAAGACUAUUUAAGUUUGCAGAGAACAAACUUCAGAGCGUUUUGUAGAGUCGCAGACAAUAUUGAUAUUGACUCUAUCCAUGAGAAAUGGGAGUUGGAAUACGAGCUGAAAAAUUUACAAAUUCGCUGGAACAACAUUGAAGAUUUACAUUUGAAAAUUGACAACAUUCUAGACGGAGCUGAUGCGGAAUACCAAGAUCAAUAUAUAGAACUGGAAACCUUAUUCAGAUCUAUGAAUAAAGCCUUAAAUAAGAAGCUGUCUUCUACCGUUCAUUUGCAUCUUUCUACCCCCAAAAUUGAUAUUCCUACCUUUUCUGGCAAUUAUACUCAGUGGAAUACAUUUUUAGAUCUAUUCAAGGAAGCAGUGCAUAACAAUCCCGCUUUGAACAAAGUACAAAAAAUGCAACAUCUCAAAGGCAAGCUAAGGGGCGAAGCGGAGCGGCUCAUACAACAUUUGCAUAUUUCAUCUGAUAAUUAUGACUCUGCCUGGAAGAUAUUAAAUCAUCGGUACGAUAACCGUCAAGUACUUUUCACCAAACAGAUGGAAACCCUACUCAAUCAACCUAACGUUCAAAAACAAACUUCCAUGGAACUGAGACGACUUCAUGACACUUCUAUGGAGUGCAUACAUGGUAUAUACAACAUGGGUAUCGACACUUCGUCUUGGGAUCCAGUAUUUGUGCACUUAAUUGCAAAGAAAUUAGACACCGUGACGUUCAGCGAUUAUAUGGAGGCAAGAAAAUCACCACGCGAUGUACCAGACUUGGACGAAUUCAUGGAAUUUUUGGAAGCCAAAUUUAUUGCAUUGGAGCCGAUGAAUAAAAAGGAAAAGGAAUCGGUACCAACAUGUUCGUUCAAGACAAAUUUUGCACCGAAGUUCAAGCAAACCUACAAUUCUAACAAACCUGCAUUUGAGAAGCGAAAUACUUCGUACAAUAAAACAUUUCAUGUUUACUCCAAACCUGCAAUUACAUGUCCUAUUUGCAAUAAAAAUCAUGGACUAUAUCAAUGCAAAAUAUUUGAGAAUAUGACACCGGACGCAAAACUUCAAGCCAUUUCAAAAUCAAACAUUUGUAAAAAUUGUUUGUAUGUGCAUAAAUAUGGUUGCAAUUCCGAGAAACGCUGCAAAGACUGCAAUAUGCCACAUAAUACUUUAUUACAUGAGGCAAUUACUGCAAUGAAUAAGGGAGCAUCGACCUCGAACAAACAAAAUUCACUGCAGAACGUGCACGCUAAUCACGUGGCCGGUGAUGAUGACGAAAUAUUACUUGCAACAAUUCAAAUGCAAUUACGAGCCGCGGAUGGUACUUACACCACCAUGCGCGCACUUCUCGACCAAGGUUCGCAAACAACCCUCAUAACAGAGAAUGCAGCACAACUACUAGGGUUGAAACGACAUAGCAUACAUGCAUCUGUAUCUGGUAUAGGUACCUCCCCUAACAAGUGCAAAGGAAAAGUCGAACUGCAUUGCAAAUCACUCUUCAACAACUAUGAAUUCACCACUGAAGCAUUAGUAAUGACAAAGGUCAUUAACCGUUUGCCAA